AUCAACCCCCGGGAGGCAUUGGAAGGGAGUCUUCCUGCAGGUUGAGAAGGGAACCAAACUUGGUGGCAAUUGGCCUCCUGGUGAGGGCGUGUCUCCCCCCACCGUCUCAAGAUGCUCAGGGGUCCGGGGCCCGGGCUGCUGCUGCUGCUGGCCGUCCUGUGCCUGGGGACAGCGGUGGCCUCCACUGGAGCCUCGAAGAGAAGGAGGCAAGCUCAGCAAAUCGUCCAGCCCCCGUCCCCGGUGACUGUCAGUCAAAGCAAGCCCGGUUGUUACGACAAUGGGAAACACUAUCAGAUAAACCAACAAUGGGAACGUACCUACCUAGGCAAUGCCUUGGUUUGUACCUGUUAUGGAGGCAGCCGAGGUUUUAACUGCGAGAGUAAACCUGAACCUGAAGAAACUUGCUUUGACAAGUACACUGGGAACACUUACCGAGUGGGUGACACUUAUGAGCGCCCUAAAGACUCCAUGAUCUGGGACUGUACCUGCAUCGGGGCCGGGCGAGGGAGAAUAAGCUGCACCAUUGCAAACCGCUGUCAUGAAGGGGGUCAGUCCUACAAAAUUGGUGACACCUGGAGGAGACCACAUGAGACUGGUGGUUACAUGUUAGAGUGUGUGUGUCUUGGUAACGGGAAAGGAGAAUGGACCUGCAAGCCCAUAGCUGAGAAAUGUUUUGAUCAUGCUGCUGGGACAUCUUACGUUGUCGGGGAAACCUGGGAAAAGCCCUAUCAAGGCUGGAUGAUGGUGGAUUGUACUUGUCUGGGAGAAGGCAAUGGACGUAUCACUUGUACAUCUAGAAACAGAUGCAAUGAUCAGGACACCAGGACAUCCUAUAGAAUUGGAGAUACGUGGAGCAAGAAGGAUAACCGAGGAAACCUGCUGCAGUGCAUCUGCACGGGCAAUGGCAGAGGGGAGUGGAAGUGUGAAAGGCACUCGUCUCUGCAGACCACGUCGACUGGAUCUGGCUCCUUCACAGAUGUCCGAACAGCCAUUUACCAGCCACAGCCUCACCCCCAGCCCUCUCCGUAUGGCCACUGUGUCACAGACAGUGGUGUGAUCUACUCUGUGGGGAUGCAGUGGCUGAAGACACAGGGAAAUAAGCAAAUGCUUUGCACUUGCCUGGGCAAUGGAGUCAGCUGCCAAGAGACAGCUAUAACACAAACUUAUGGUGGCAAUUCAAACGGAGAGCCAUGUGUCUUACCGUUCAUCUACAAUGGCAGGACUUUCUACUCCUGCACCACAGAAGGGCGACAGGAUGGUCAUCUUUGGUGCAGCACAACUUCAAAUUAUGAGCAAGACCAGAAAUACUCUUUCUGUACAGACCAUACGGUUUUGGUUCAAACUCGAGGUGGAAAUUCCAAUGGUGCCUUGUGUCAUUUCCCCUUCCUAUACAACAACCACAAUUACACCGAUUGCACUUCUGAGGGCAGGAGAGACAACAUGAAAUGGUGUGGAACCACACAGAACUAUGAUGCUGACCAGAAGUUUGGAUUCUGCCCCAUGGCUGCCCAUGAGGAAAUCUGUACAACCAAUGAAGGGGUGAUGUAUCGCAUUGGAGACCAGUGGGAUAAACAGCAUGACAUGGGCCACAUGAUGAGGUGCACAUGUGUUGGGAAUGGUCGUGGGGAAUGGACAUGUGUCGCCUACUCCCAGCUCCGAGAUCAGUGCAUUGUGGAUGACAUCACUUAUAACGUGAAUGACACAUUCCACAAACGCCAUGAAGAGGGACACAUGCUGAACUGUACCUGCUUUGGUCAGGGUCGGGGCAGAUGGAAGUGUGAUCCGAUUGACCAAUGCCAGGAUUCAGAAACACGGACAUUUUAUCAAAUAGGAGAUUCAUGGGAAAAAUAUGUGCAUGGUGUCAGAUACCAGUGCUACUGCUAUGGCCGUGGCAUUGGGGAGUGGCAUUGCCAACCUUUGCAGACCUAUCCAGGCACAUCUGGUCCUGUCCAAGUAAUUAUCACUGAGACCCCAAGUCAGCCCAACUCCCACCCCAUCCAGUGGAAUGCACCAGAACCAUCGCACAUCACCAAGUACAUUCUCAGGUGGAAACCGAAAAGUUCUGUAGGUGGUUGGAAGGAAGCUACCAUUCCUGGCCACUUGAACUCGUACACCAUCAAGGGCCUGACACCCGGUGUGGUCUAUGAGGGGCAGCUCAUCAGCAUCCAGCAGUAUGGCCACAGAGAGGUGACACGCUUUGACUUCACCACCACCAGCACCAGCCCACCUAUGACCAGCAAUACUGUGACAGGAGAGACAACGCCCUUUUCUCCCGUCGUGACCACUUCUGAAUCUGUGACUGAGAUCACAGCCAGCAGCUUUGUGGUGUCGUGGGUCUCAGCUUCUGACACCGUGUCGGGAUUCCGGGUGGAGUAUGAGCUCAGUGAGGAAGGAGACGAACCGCAGUACCUGGAUCUUCCAAGCACAGCCACAUCUGUGAAUAUCCCUGACUUGCUUCCUGGCCGAAAAUACAUUGUAAAUGUCUAUCAGAUAUCUGAAGAAGGAAAGCAGAGUUUGAUCCUGUCUACUUCACAGACAACAGCACCCGAUGCCCCUCCGGACCCCACCGUGGACCAAGUUGAUGACACCUCAAUUGUCGUUCGCUGGAGCAGACCCCAGGCACCCAUCACAGGGUACAGAAUAGUCUACGCACCUUCAGUGGAAGGUGGGAGCACAGAACUCAACCUUCCUGAAACUGCCAGCUCGGUCACCCUCAGUGAUUUGCAGCCUGGUGUUCAGUAUAACAUCACCAUCUAUGCUGUGGAAGAAAAUCUAGAAAGCACUCCUGUUUUCAUCCAGCAGGAAACCACUGGUGUCCCACGUUCAGAUAAAGUUUCCCCUCCCAGGGACCUGCAGUUUGUGGAAGUGACAGAUGUGAAGAUCACCAUCAUGUGGACACCCCCUGACAGUGCAGUGACCGGCUACCGUGUGGAUGUCAUUCCUGUCAACCUGCCUGGGGAGCAUGGGCAGAGGCUGCCCAUCAGCAGGAACACCUUUGCAGAAGUCACGGGGCUGUCCCCUGGGGUCACCUAUUACUUCAAAGUCUUUGCCGUGCACCAUGGGAGGGAGAGCAAGCCUCUGACUGCAGAACAGACAACUAAACUGGAUGCUCCCACUAACCUCCAGUUUAUGAAUGAAACUGACUCUACUGUCGUAGUGACUUGGACUCCACCUCGGGCCCGGAUAGCAGGGUACCGACUCACUGUGGCCUUGACUCGAGGAGGCCAGCCCAAGCAGUACAAUGUGGGACCCUCUGCCUCGAGGUACCCACUGAGGAAUCUACAGCCUGCCUCUGAGUACACUGUAACCCUCGUGGCUGUAAAAGGCAACCAACAGAGCCCCAAAGCCACUGGAGUCUUCAAUACUCUGCAGCCCCUGGGCUCCAUUCCACCUUUCAACACAGAGGUGACCGAGACGACCAUUGUCAUCACUUGGACACCUGCUCCCAGGAUUGGUUUUAAGCUGGGUGUACGACCAAGCCAGGGAGGGGAAGCACCACGAGAAGUGACGUCAGACUCAGGAAGCAUCGUUGUGUCUGGCUUGACCCCAGGCGUGGAGUACGUUUACACCAUCCAAGUCCUGAGAGAUGGGAAGGAGAGAGAUGCACCAAUUGUAAACACAGUGGUGACACCAUUGUCUCCACCAACGAACUUGCACCUGGAGGCAAACCCUGACACUGGAGUGCUAACUGUCUCCUGGGAGAGGAGCACCACUCCAGACAUUACUGGUUACAGAAUCACCACGACCCCUAUAAAUGGCCAGCAGGGAUAUUCUUUGGAAGAAGUGGUCCAUGCUGAUCAGAGUUCCUGCACUUUUGAAAACCUGAGUCCUGGCCUGGAGUACAAUGUCAGUGUUUACACUGUCAAAGAUGACAGGGAAAGUGUCCCUAUCUCUGAUACCGUCAUCCCAGCUGUCCCUCCUCCCACUGACCUGCGAUUCACCAACAUUGGUCCAGACACUAUUCGUGUCACCUGGGCCCCACCUCCAUCCAUUGAUUUGACCAACUUUCUGGUGCGCUACUCACCUGUGAAAAAUGAGGAAGAUGUUGCAGAGUUGUCAAUUUCUCCUUCAGACAACGCGGUGGUCUUAACAAAUCUCCUGCCCGGAACAGAAUACUUAGUCAGUGUCUCCAGCGUCUAUGAACAACACGAGAGCAUCCCUCUUAGAGGAAGACAGAAAACAGGUCUUGAUUCUCCAACUGGCAUUGACUUUUCUGACAUCACUGCCAAUUCUUUUACCGUCCACUGGAUCGCUCCUCGAGCCACCAUCACUGGCUACAGGAUCCGCCAUCACCCUGAGCACACGAGUGGGAGACCUCGAGAAGAUCGAGUGCCCCCCUCUCGAAAUUCCAUCACCCUCCCCAACCUCAAUCCAGGCACAGAGUAUGUGGUCAGCAUCGUUGCUCUUAAUGGCAGAGAGGAGAGUCCCCCCUUGAUCGGUCAACAGUCCACAGUUUCUGACGUUCCAAGGGACCUGGAAGUUAUCGCUGCAACCCCCAGCAGCCUGUUGAUAGGCUGGGAGCCUCCUGCCGUCACAGUGAGAUAUUACAGGAUCACCUAUGGAGAAAUAGGAGGAAAUAGCCCUGUCCAGGAUUUCACUGUGCCUGGGAGCAAGUCUACAGCUACCAUCAGUGGCCUUAAACCUGGAGUAGAUUAUACCAUCACUGUGUACGCUAUCACUGGCCGUGGGGACAGCCCGGCAAGCAGCAAGCCAAUUUCCAUUGAUUACCGAACAGAAAUUGACAAACCAGGCCAGAUGCAAGUGACUGAUGUUCAAGACAACAGCAUUAGUGUCAGGUGGCUGCCUUCAAGUUCCCCUGUUACCGGCUACAGAGUGACCACCACUCCUAAAAAUGCCCCAGGACCAACAAAAACUAAAACUGCAGGUCCAGAUCAAACAGAAAUGACCAUCGAAGGCUUGCAGCCCACAGUGGAGUAUGUGGUUAGUGUCUAUGCUCAGAAUCAAAACGGAGAGAGUCAGCCUCUGGUUCAGACUGCGGUAACCAACAUUGAUCGCCCUAAAGGACUGGCAUUCACUGAUGUGGAUGUCGAUUCCAUCAAAAUUGCUUGGGAAAGCCCACAGGGGCAAGUUUCCAGGUACAGGGUGACCUACUCAAGCCCUGAGGAUGGAAUCCAUGAGCUAUUCCCUGCACCUGAUGGUGAAGAAGACACUGCAGAGCUGCAAGGCCUCAGGCCGGGUUCUGAGUACACAGUCAGUGUGGUUGCCUUGCACGAUGAUAUGGAGAGCCUGCCCCUGGUUGGAACCCAGUCCACAGCCAUUCCUGCACCAACCAACCUGAAGUUCACUCAGGUUACACCAACGAGCCUAAGUGCCCAGUGGACAGCACCAAAUGUUCAGCUCACUGGAUAUCGAGUGCGGGUGACCCCCAAGGAGAAGACUGGACCAAUGAAAGAGAUCAACCUUGCUCCUGACAGCUCUUCUGUGGUUGUAUCAGGACUCAUGGUGGCCACCAAGUAUGAAGUGAGUGUCUAUGCUCUUAAGGACACUUUGACAAGCAGACCAGCUCAGGGAGUCGUUACUACUCUGGAAAACGUCAGCCCUCCAAGAAGGGCCCGUGUGACAGAUGCUACUGAGACCACCAUCACCAUUAGCUGGCGAACCAAGACCGAGACCAUCACUGGCUUCCAAGUCGAUGCCAUUCCAACCAGUGGCCAGAGUCCAAUUCAGAGAAUCAUCAGUCCAGAUAUCAGAAGCUACACCAUCACAGGUUUACAACCAGGCACUGACUACAAGAUCCACCUGUAUACCCUGAAUGACAAUGCCCGGAGCUCCCCCGUGGUCAUCGAAGCCUCCACGGCCAUCGACGCACCAUCUAACCUGCGCUUCCUGGCUACCACACCCAACUCCUUCCUGGUAUCAUGGCAGCCGCCCCGUGCCAAGAUUACUGGCUAUAUCAUCAAGUAUGAGAAGCCCGGAUCCCCUCCCAGAGAAGUGGUUCCUCGGCCCCGUCCUGGUGUCACAGAGGCUACUAUUACUGGCCUGGAACCAGGAACCGAGUACACAAUCUACGUCAUUGCCCUGAAGAACAACCAGAAGAGUGAGCCUCUGAUCGGGAGGAAAGCGACAGAUGAGCUUCCCCAACUGGUAACCCUUCCACACCCCAAUCUCCACGGACCAGAGAUCUUGGAUGUUCCCUCUACAGUUCAAAAGACCCCUUUCAUCACCAACCCAGGGUAUGACACUGGCAACGGUAUUCAGCUUCCUGGCACUUCCGGUCAGCAGCCCAGUGUUGGGCAACAAACGAUCUUUGAGGAGCAUGGUUUUAGGCGGACCACACCACCCACAAUGGCCACCCCUGUAAGGCAUAGGCCAGGACCACACCCGCCGAGUGUAGAUGAGGACAUCCACAUGGGUCACGUCCCCAGGGGAGACGCAGACCAUCAUCUCUACCCUCACGUUCCGGGACUCAAUCCAAAUGCCUCUACAGGACAAGAAGCGCUCUCUCAGACAACCAUCUCUUGGACCCCAUACCAGGAAAGUUCUGAGUACAUCAUUUCAUGUCAUCCCGUUGGCAUCGAUGAAGAACCCUUACAGUUCCGAGUUCCUGGAACUUCUACCAGUGCCACUCUGACAGGCCUCACCCGAGGGGCCACCUACAACAUCAUAGUGGAGGCACUGAAAGACCAGGAGAGGCACAAGGUUCGGGAGGAGGUUGUUACCGUGGGCAGCUCUGUCAAUGAAGGCCUGAACCAACCUACGGAUGACUCGUGCUUUGACCCCUACACGGUUGCACAUUACGCCGUUGGAGAGGAGUGGGAGCGAUUGUCUGAAUCUGGCUUUAAACUCUCGUGCCAGUGCUUAGGCUUUGGCAGUGGCCAUUUCAGAUGUGAUUCAUCUAAAUGGUGCCAUGACAAUGGUGUGAACUACAAGAUUGGAGAGAAGUGGGAUCGCCAGGGAGAAAAUGGCCAGAUGAUGAGCUGCACAUGUCUUGGGAACGGAAAAGGAGAAUUCAAGUGUGAUCCUCAUGAGGCAACGUGUUACGAUGAUGGGAAGACGUACCACGUAGGAGAACAGUGGCAGAAGGAAUAUCUUGGUGCUAUUUGCUCUUGCACAUGCUUCGGAGGCCAGCGGGGCUGGCGCUGUGACAACUGCCGUAGACCAGGGGCUGAACCUGGUUCUGAAGGCUCCACCGGCCACUCCUACAACCAGUAUUCGCAGAGAUACCAUCAGAGAACAAACACUAAUGUCAAUUGCCCAAUUGAGUGCUUCAUGCCUUUAGAUGUACAGGCUGACAGAGAUGAUUCCAGAGAGUAAUAUUUCCAACCCGAAGGAACAAGCAUGUCUCUCUGCCAAGGUCCUUCCUACUGGAGUGAUGUUAGCAGACCCAAUCUAGAGUGUUUGUUUCUUUCUUAAGCCUUUUGCUCUGGAGUAAGUUCUCCAGCUUCUGCUCAACUCACAGCUUCUCCAAGCAUCACCCUGGGAGUGUUUUGAGACUUUUCUCAUAAAUGAGGGCAGUACGUUGCCUGUUCUGCUUCCAAGUAUUCAAUACCGCUCAGUAUUUUAAGUGAAACGAUUCUAGCUUGUGAUUUGGUUUGAGAUCAAUAGGGAAGCAUAUGCAGCCAACCAAGAUGCAAAACGUAUUGAAAUGAUGUUACCAAAAUUUUCCGUAGGAAAGUUCCCCAAACACUUCUGCUUUCACUUAACUGUCUGGCCCACAAUACUGUAGGAUCGGCAUGUCCCUAUUACUGUGAUAUUUUAAAUAUCCACAGUACUCACUUUUUCCAAAAGAUUCUAGUGAUUGCCUAGAAAUAUUUUUCUCUUACCUAUUAUUUAUCAAUUUUCCCAGUAUUUUUAUAUGGAAAAAAUUGUAUUGAAGACACUUAGUAGGCAGUUGAUAAGAAGAAUUCGGUAUAAUUAUGGUUGGCGAUUAUUUUUUAUACUGUACAUGCCAAAGCUUUACUACUGUGGAAAGACAACUGUUUUAAUAAAAGAUUUACAUUCCACAACUUGAAGGUUAUUCUCUUUUAUAUAGGGUACUU